ACUGAUGGACUAGACGUGCUCUCUCGCUGGCUGGCUGAGCCAGCUCCCUAGCGCCCGGUCUUAACAGGCGCAUAGCAGAACUGCACAUUUCUUGUGUUGAUGUAUUGUAAACAUCGCUUUAUGUUAGGCGACUUUUAGCUUUUCAUUUAUUGCUUCAUCGGUCUAAUUAAUAAUAGAAAAAAAAUCGACAGCAAAUUAACAGGUGGACUAAAUUGCCAGGUCUGUGCACACAGAUCGAAAUCCAUUUUGAAUCGCCAUUCCAGCCGCGCCGCCGGUUCCAACAGUAGCCUACAGAUUCUGAAGGAAUAUUCCCCCGUCCAACCUGAAUUGUCCAUCGGACGAUCAUCAGUAGUUGGCAGCAUCGCCAUCGGACCAUUGUGAAUUAACGUCAUGGCAGAACAUCUGUCCCAGAGUGAACUGGACUAUCCCUUUAAACUUCUGGAGUAUUUCAAUGGAUUCAGAGUUUCAAAGGUAAUCUUCUCCGCCUGUGAGUUGGGUGUGUUUGACCACCUGCUGAAAUCCCAGAAGCCCCUGCCUGCAGCGCAUGUGGCCCAGGAGCUAGGCACGAGCGUGGAUGGGAUGGAACGCCUUCUGGAUGUGCUAGUGGGUGUCAACAUCCUGGAGGUGGAGCUUAUAGAUGGAAAAGCGUGUUACAGCAGCACUGAUGUGGCCAGCCUCUACCUGGCUAAAGGCAGUGCUAAGUCUCUGCAUGAUAUGAUCAUCUACCAAUCACAGACCAUCUACCCACUGUGGAACAACAUGGUGGAUGCUGUCAGAGAGGGAAAAAACCAAAAUGAGAAAACCUUUGGGAUCUCUCCUGAAGAAAUCUUUCAAGCGAUCUACAGGUCAGAGGAGGAGAUGCUGAAGUUUAUGGGUCUGAUGAACUCAACCUGGGUCCUAGAUGGUCAGGAUGUCGUAACAGCCUUCAACCUCUCCUGCUUUAAGUCCAUAGUGGACCUCGGGGGUUGUUCAGGGGCUCUGGCCAGGGAGCUGUCUAAGGCCUACCCCUCCUCCAUAGUCACUGUGCUGGACCUUCCUAAAGUCAUCCAAAUCGCCAGACAACACUUCAGUGAGCAGGACGACGCCAUCGUGUUUCAGGAGGGAGAUUUUUUUGAUGGAGACAUCCCUCCAGCUGAUCUGUUCAUCCUGGCCAGAAUCCUUCAUGACUGGGAGGAAAACAAAUGUCUUCAGCUGCUGAAGAAGAUCCACACUUGUUGUCAACCAGGCGGUGGUGUUCUGUUAGUGGAAGCUCUGCUAUUUGAGAACCAUCGAGGUCCAGUCAUGGCCCAGAUCUUUUCCCUCAACAUGCUAGUCCAGACAGAGGGAAAGGAACAUCCUCCAUCUCAGUACUCUAACAUGCUGUCCUCCGCUGGCUUCCAAAACAUCCAGGUCUGUCGCACUGGGAAGUCCUACGCUCAAAUAAACCUGUCAGGCUGUUGA